AUGACUCGCACUUCUUGCCAGCCCGGUAAUCUCAGCCAGGUCGAGCCGGUCAAAAGGGAAUCUAACCAGGGCUCAACAUCCGCAAGCAGCCGGUUUUAUCGCAGGGCAGACACUUCCAUAGGCGGGGAGAUUAGCCAGGCAUUCAAAUCGCUAAGUCUCACCACAGUUGACCAUUCACGCGCUGUCACUUUGCCAGAUUGCGGGGAUUUCCGUACUCUGCCCUCCUCCAAUCUCGGAAUGGUUAACCAGGGCAUGGCUGUCUCCCUCUCCAGGACGCCCGACCUCGCGAAUCGCAGGAAGCAGAAGUCGAUACUGAGAGCCGCCCGGCCGUCGGUGAACGUCGACAUGGAGGGCGAUGUUAUAAUGUCCGACGCUAGUCAGGAGGAGGACGAAGUGAAGUAUAGACGGAGUGACUGGAUAAAAAAUCGGCGACUCUUGGCGGAUAAGACCAGGGGCAAGGCUGUUCAGCAGGCUGGCGGAGUGCGAGAUGGAGGCCUUACCCCUACCCGCCGCGUACAGAAAGUGCACUUCUCCAAGUCCGGGAGCACAUUUCGGUAUUUAGAUCGGGAAUAUACGCCUUUGCAAGUGGCGCAGGCGCCGGAGCACAGUGUCAUGUUGCCAGUGGCCGGGAACAAAAUUAGUGAUAUGGCGACGGACGACGGGUUGGCUGACAUCCUUUGA